AUGGGGAGAGGGAGAGUGGAACUGAAGAGGAUAGAGAACAAGAUCAAUCGUCAAGUCACUUUCUCUAAACGCAGAAAUGGUCUGCUCAAGAAAGCUUAUGAGCUUUCUGUUCUCUGCGAUGCUGAGGUGGCUCUCAUCAUCUUCUCCAGUCGCGGCAAGCUCUAUGAGUUCGGUAGCUCUGGUAUGACCAAGACCCUUGAGAGAUAUCAACGUUGCUGUUUUAAUCCUCAGGACAACAAUGUGGAACGUGAAACUCAGAGCUGGUGCCAAGAGGUGUCAAAAUUAAAGGCAAAAUAUGAAUCUCUUCAACGCACUCAAAGGCAUUUGCUUGGAGAAGAUCUUGGACCACUGAGUGUGAAAGAGUUGCAAAAUCUUGAGAAACAGCUUGAAGGAGCUCUCGCGCAAGCUAGGCAAAGGAAGACACUGUUAAUGAUAGAGCAAAUGGAUGAGCUUCGAAGAAAGGAGCGUCAUCUUGGAGACAUGAACAAGCAACUCAAGACUAGGGUUUCGCUUGAGUUGACUCCGCUUGAAGCUGAAGGACAAGGUCUUAGAGCCCUCCCAUGCUCAUGGAAUUCUAAUGCAUCAGCUGGGACCAGCUGCUUUCUCGUGCACCCUUCUCAAUCCAAUCCCAUGGACUGUGAACCUGAACCUGUCUUACAAAUAGGGUACCCUCAUUACGUUCCAGGGGAAGGAUCGUCUGUUCCAAGGAGCAUGGCUGGUGAGAGUAACAUCAUGCACGGUUGGGUUCUUUGA